CAAUAUAGUCCGGCCCCCCACAAGGUCUGAGGGACAGUGGACCAGCCCCCUGCUGAAAAAGUUUGCUGCCCCCUGGACCAUGCAAAUGCCUGACCCUAGAUUAAAUUUUGUUAUCCUUCCUAACCCCGAUAAAAUAAAAUAAACGACAGGAACAAAAAAUGCAAUUCCUUUAUGUUGCAGCAUUAAAACGAGUUUGAAAUGCAGCGACUUGCUGCCCAGGAGGAGCAUUUGAGAGAGGCAGGUGGCUUUCCGGCAGCUUCCUCCCCCCCCCCCUAAAUGCGCCAGUGAAUUGCCACAGAAAUUCUCGUGCGGCUGAUAAGAAAAGUUGGAAGCAGGCGAUGAAUGGACAGCUGUCUCCUCCCCCAGGCAACCCUGCCGGGGACACAUCAGAGCGAAACUUGUGCAAAAGGAGGAAGCGGUUGGUGUGUCAAUUUCGGGUGAAAGUGAUGCGCGGGCACAAGCGAGAGGGGGGGGCCUCCUGUCCUUUGCCGCUGAAACCACAAUGCUGCUUGGCUUGAACGAAAAAAAGGGCCAGAGGAAUUAGACCGGCCUUGGCUGCAGGAGGUUUCCUGCUUUCUUGUUUUUAGGUUUGAAGUUGCAGAUUCUGAGCCAGCUGUAGAUCCUAGCUGCCUCGAGGACGACCCUCCCCAUCCGAAAGUCCGGGAGCUUGCGGCAUGGAUAACCUGACCACCUCCGGCGGCGGUAAGGACUCAUGCACCUACCACGAGGAAUUCAAGCAGAUCCUUCUGCCCGUAGUCUACUCGGUGGUCUUCGUCCUGGGGCUGCCCUUGAACUUCAUCGUCAUCGCCCAGAUCUGGCUAUCGCGCAAGGCUCUGACGCGGACCACCAUCUACAUGCUGAACCUGGCGGUGGCCGACCUCCUCUACGUCUGCUCCCUGCCUCUCCUCAUCUACAACUACUCCCAGAAGGACUACUGGCCUUUCGGAGACUUCACCUGCCGAUUUGUGCGCUUCCAGUUCUACACCAACCUGCACGGCAGCAUCCUUUUCCUCACCUGCAUCAGCAUCCAGCGCUACCUGGGCAUCUGCCACCCUCUCUCCACCUGGCACAAGAAGAGGGGCAAAGGCUUCACCUGGAUGGUCUGCGGGGUCGUGUGGUUCCUGGUGGUCGCCCAGUGCCUGCCCACCUUCGUCUUCGCCGCCACCGGCACCCAGAGGAACCGGACCGUCUGCUACGACCUGAGCCCGCCGGACCGCUCCGCCAGCUACUUCCCUUACGGGAUCACCUUGACGGUCACGGGCUUCCUGAUUCCCUUCGUCUCCAUCUUGGGCUGCUACUGCUGCAUGACCAAGAUCUUGUGCCAGAAGGACGAGAUGAUCGGGCUGGCCGUCCGCAAGAAGAAGGACAAGGCCAUACGGAUGAUCGUCAUCGUGGUCCUCGUCUUCGCCAUCAGCUUCUUCCCCUUCCACCUCACCAAGACCCUCUACCUGAUCAUCCGCUCCAUCCCCGGGGUGCCCUGCCUCACGCGGCAGGCCUUCGCCAUCGCCUACAAGUGCACCCGGCCUUUCGCCAGCAUGAACAGCGUCCUCGACCCCAUCCUCUUCUACUUCACGCAGCGCAAGUUUCGCGAGAGCACCCGCCACCUGUUGGAUAAAGUCAGCUCUAAGUGGAAGCACGACUCGUGAGCGGCGGUUCACAUGUGAUCCUGUGCCAAGGAAGGGUUGGCGAUGCCCCCCGCCUGCGUGGCACCGGGCGCCAGAGGGAGAGCUCGGCCUAGCAUGGCUUCAGAGGCCUAACUCUGGUUGCCGUGCCCAACCCUCUCUGAAGGCCUUCAGAGAAUGCCCCUGUGUGAACAAUGGGCCACGGGGCGCUCUGCUCUCUCCCUUGCCUUAGGGCUGUGAGGAUUCGCUCCUGCUGGUUUGGGAGAUAUCUGCUCCCCGCGGCUGGGCGUCAGUGGUCCUUCGUACCGCCAUGCACCGGACGUGCGGCCCAGAAGCUAAUUUGAGUGGCGGAAGAACAGGAGAAAUGCGACUGGCGUAAAGUCAGGGACGUAGAUGCCACCCUCUCCCAAGUCACUCUGCCGGUCCACCUGGCACAGUCUCGUCUACCUGGACUGGCAGCAGAUCCCCAGGGUUUCUGGCUGAGCCACACCUGGAAACUAUAGAAUUGUAGAACUGGAAGGGACCCCCAAAGGUCCUCUAGUCCAACCCCCUGCAGGAAUAAACGAGGUGCCAUUGGAGAUUGAACUUGAGAAUUUUCUGCAUGCUGAGCAGAUGUUCUGCCGCUGGGCUACGUCAGCUGAAGGAGGGAGGAUCCUGAGCAAACCUCUUUAAUGAGAUAUUCCAGAUGGAUGGAAUGGGCUCUGGGUGACCGGGAGUGGGUUAGGGGUCAUCGCUUAAUUGUUUAAAGCCUUCGGGGGUCACCCAGGCCUUGUUCAAUAAACAGUAUUAUUACCUUUCCACUGAGAAGGGAGUCCUAGUCUUUCAGAUCCCUUUUGAAAUCAGGAGGUUCCAAGCAUGAGCUGUUAACAGAUCCUUUGACGACAGAUCUCCAGCUGGAGGACGAACAUCAGCAAAUAAAUGCAAACCCCAAAGUUGCUGCGAUGAACUGAGAAGCGGGGCGUUGUCCCGUCCGGCGAGUCCACCAUCGUCACAUUUCUCUGAAGGGACCCCGUUGAAAAACCACCAGUGUUUAUUGAAUAUUGAUUUUUUGUUGUCAUUUCUUUCAGAAGAUGUAAUAAAUUUCAGGCGUGGAACCUCGGCUUAAUAUGUACAAGCUCCUGUUUGAGCAACCAGUUGUGUGGGAACCUCCUUGUGAGCCUUGCGAGAGAGUUGCCGGCUUUUUCUUUUUCUUGCUUCCCUGUAAAUCAAGCAAGUUCCUAGUCCUCAUGAAAUACACGGUGCCUCUGAAUACCAGGUGCUGGGAAUCACAAGUGGGGAGAGUGUUGUUGAGCUCAGGUCCUGCUUGUGGGCUGCUCACAAGCGUCUGUGAGCCCAGGGUGCUGGAGUCAACACAGCAGGAAGACUGUGUAGUGGUUAGAGAGACGAUAAUAACUGGGGUGCCCUGGGUUCAAAUCCCCAUCUUGCCAGGCACUUUCCCUCUCACCCCAACCCACCUCACAGGGUUGUUUGUGAGGCCAUGACGAGCCAGGUUGGCGGGGCGGGGGGGAGAGAGACAGAACUCUGCACACUAUUCUGAGCCCUUUCUAGGAAAGGUCGGAUAAAAAUGUAGGCAUUUCUGCACAUGCAUCUUUCCAUUCAGGCAGGUCAGAGCCAUCGUUGCCGUUUAAAGACAUAUUUCAGCCAAGCAAAAGGCCAGCCUGCCGCAUGACCCAAGGGAGCCGUCCUGGCAGCCACAAAGAGGUGCCUAAGGUGGGGGGCAAAUCUGAGAUUUUUCCACCCCCAGCCUGUUUGCUUUGCCCCGUUGCCCUGGCUCGGUUUAGCCGUCUGCUCUUUUGCACGUUGGUUUCAUUUCACCUGUCCCAGGUUUCACCCCAUGGUAGCCAGCCAGACUAGGACCUGAGAGACCAGGGUUCGAAUCCCACCUCAACCAUGAAGGUUACAGGGUGACCUUGGACCUGCUCCUCUCUCGCCUCCUGACCUACCUCAUAGGGUUAUUGUGAGGAUUAUCCAAGGAGGGGGAGAAGCAUAUACACCACUUUGAGAUCCUUGGAGGAAAAGGUGGGAUAUGAAUGGAAAUAAUCAACAAGCAAACCACCGGUUCCAAUCGUCCCGUAUAGAUUUUUCUCUGCCCCUUGCUUUCAACUACUAUUUCAUUCCUUGUCCAAAUGCAGGUGGAACAAGUGUUACCUGCAACAAAAUGUUGCAGCGCAUCUCUCCCCCCCCCCCCCAAGCAGGAAGUGUUGCAGGUUCCGCUAGGUAAUUCAGUCCCUCCUCCUGAGAUACUCCAGGUUAUAGGGGAACCUUUUUCAUCCCAACAGCCACAAAUCCUUCUGAGGAUCCACAUUCCAGGAGUGGGUGGGGCCGGAAGCAAAAUGGGGCGGGGAGGGGGGCACAAGAUAAUCUACAUGAAUUUGACCUCUAUAUUCCAGGCUUUCUUCUCCAUAUAGAAAACAUCCAUCUCCCAGGCAAGCAAGAAUUCAUCAGAGUUGGAGGACGCAUUUGAAAACCAGGCAGAGCAAUUAAUGGGAGAAGCAAAGCCCCUAGGGGUGCGGCUGGGGAGGGGUGUGUGGCCUGAGGCGAGUCCCUGGGGCCAUAUAAAGAGGGCUGGAGGGCCGCAUUCAGCCCUAGGGCCUGCCAGGAGCGAGAAAGCAGCAAAUUGCACUGUGCAAGUCGGAGCUAACUCCUUAUUAGCAAGUACACAGUCUGCACAGACUGAGUGGAGUGUCAGGCCUAAUGGGCACAGCAGCUCAUCCCUGGUAGGUCUGGGCCACCCAUGGAUCCGUUGCCAAGACUGAAAGUCCCCAACCCCACCCCCCAGCCAUCUAAGUCCUCUCCAAGCAAUCAGAGACUGUGCCUGGAUGUAGCCAACCUCUCCUCCGCCCUCUGCAUGCCUCUUCUGGUACUGGGAGACCAGGAGGGAAGGGGAGAGUGUUGCAGCAGGAGGGGGAGACACCUAGGACUCUUCACCAGCAGGACUCAUCUCAGCCUCUUGGCCUGCUUCCACUUCUGAUUCUGAACUUCGCUCUGCCACAGAAUCUCCUCGCUCACGAAGCCCUGUUCCCUUUUCAUCUUCUGACACCACCUCCUCCCAGUCCUCUCCCUCUUCGUCGUCCCGCCACCAAUCCCUGGGCUCUCAGCCUUCUUCCCUUGAGGGGUUCCCCAGCUUCUUCCUCCCACUAUUUCUCUGUGCCAAACCAGUCCAAGGCCGCCUUGAGGUUCCACAUCUCUGCUAUAGCCUGUUAAGAAAGGGCAUCUAUCCAUCUUUCAGUUUUCUUUUGCCAACUCACACGCAUCUUUCUGUAUCCACUGAGCAUGUUCAAGGCUCGCCGGACUCAUGGCUGGUGCUGUGAUUUUUUCAUUUUAGAAUUUUUAAUUUUUUUGGGGGGGGGGCUGCCCUCUGCCUGUCGAUGCCUCCCUCUCGCUUCUCACGCCCUGCGUUUUAGAGUAAGCGACGCCUUGCUUUGCAAACGGUCUCUCUACCCAUGUAGGUGAAUUUGAAUGCCGCAAAAUAUUACGCCUCCCUUUGCAAGAUGUUCCCGGUGUUUUCUUUUUUUUCCUUUCAAGCUUCACCUCUAUAAAUAACUAGCUAUCUUGCUUGAAUUUCCCCCCUCCUGUGUGUCCUUGCUGUUUGCUGUUGUCGGUUAAGGAUUUGUGAAUGCCUUUGAGAAUGCCUUUGUAAGCUCCUCGGGGCAGGGAACGGUGUUUGUAUAACUUCCUACGGUCCUCUCUAAAUAAAAAAAAUUGAGUCCCCCUGCCUGCAACUCUCACAUGUUGCCCUGU